GCAGGGACACACAGGCUCUGCCCGAGGCGAUCUAUUCCGCUCAAGACCGGCCGGAGCCGUUUGCCGCCGAGCGUUGCUCCUGCCCAGGGGCUCCUGCAGCCACCCCCGCUUCUCGGCCAGAAAUAAGUCCCGACCCUGUGUCCCUACCUGCCCCGCUAGCCUCCCGCCGCCCCAGGGGUCUCCUGGGCGGCUCAGGCGCCAGGGCCUCGCUCCAAUUAGCCACCGGUGGGAGCACCCGCCCUUCCUCCGCCGCUUAAAGCGCGGCGGGCCCUCCGCGGAGCACAUCCUCACGCGGAGGGCAGCGGUUGUGGUAGCAGCGCCUUCCCGGCGGGGGUUUUUUUUUUUUUUUUUUGUUUUGGGUUUGUUUGUUUGAUUUUUUGGUGGUUUUUUUUUUUGUUUUGUUUUGGGUUUUUUUUGCCUGUAUUUUUCGUCACAGUGGAUUUGGAGCAGCUUUGCUUUGCAUUUGACCCCCGUCGUUGCUGGAGUAGCCGGCUCUCCCGCAGAGCCGCUCCAGCCCGCUUGAGGCUUCCUCAGGUGGCGCAGCCCGCGGGGUGCGGAUCCGAGCCGAGUCAGGAGAGCGCGGUGGCGGCGCUAUGCCUGCCACCUUCUCCUGGCGCUGCCUGGUGCGCCUGCUGCUGCUGCUGCUGCUGCUGCUGCUGCUCUGCACCAGCCUCUCGGGCGGCAACCCUGCAGAUCCACCUAUGACAACACAAGAUUCGAAUCAGACUCAGGUGAUUUCUGUGACUAAGAUGAAAGCUGGACAUGAAUUAUCUGAUGCUGCCACCCAAGAGCUCAAGCCAGGAGGCAAGCAGAGCACUGAUGUUGCAGUGUAUGAGAUAGUCCUACCUGGUCCGUCUGAAAAAAAUAUUUCUUUGGCCAGUCCAGUUAAAGUUGAACUUAUAUGCAAAUUAGAUGAGAAUUCCAAUUUGAAAAAUCCUCAAGUGACUUGGAAAAAGGGAAGUGAAACAAUCAGUCACACCACUAAAACUCAGAACAGCUGGGCCAUCCAAGUGACCGUCUCAGGGAGCAGCGAGCUGGGAAGUUACACUUGUUUUCUGAAAGCUGAAAAAGAAGUCAGUGCAACGUUUCACUUGCAUGUACCACCCGUUGAUGGAAGAGAAAAACCCAUGAUCGCUUAUAUAGGAGAUACAGCUGUAAUGGUUUGUAAAACUGAGUAUAAUGCCAAGACUUGGAGCUGGUAUAUGACCAAUGGAACUGAGCUGAUUUCCAUUGAUAAGAUUUUGCCUAAGGACAAGUAUGACAUUGAGAACCCAUCUGCCAGUGAAAGCCGUUUGGAGGUACACAGGCUCACCACAGCAGAUACUGGUGUAUAUUGGUGUGAAGCUGCUUUUGAUUUAGGGGGCAGUAAAGCAAGGUUUGACGUUAAAGUUCUGUCCAUCGCAGAACCUCUCAAACCCUUCAUAGCAGUUGUGGCUGAAGUUGCUAUUCUUGUAACUACUAUUGCCCUCUAUGAGGUGUAUUCGAAAAGGAAAGCAAAAGGAGGUGAAAAAGAGUUUGACCAAAUUGAGCAACUUAAAUCAGAAGACAACGUAGCUGAGAAAGGCACGUAGUUCUAUGCAGAGAGGGAAGGUUCCUUUAAAGGAGAUUUAAGCCAAUAGAAGUGGAAAUCAUCUCAGAACUACAGAAGAUAUAUGCAGCUGCUUAAACAUUCACUAUGUUUUGAAGUAAAAUCUUUUACAUUUGCAAAACAAGGUUUUUAAAGUAGCUCUGAAACUACUCAUUUUAUACCAAUGAUAAUAUGAUAUAUUGUAUUUAGAUGUUUAUUUGUAACAUUUUACUACUAGCAGGGUGUUUUUAGUGUGAAUAGGCUUGCUGUUGGUUUAUGAUUUAUCUAUUUGAUUUUUUUCUCCCAAACUGGAACUAGUGUUGUAUUCACUGAAAAAAUGGUUAAUAUAGAGUGGGCAGAUUGUCUGAGUGUUAUACAACUGGAUAUGAACAAUCAAAAAAGUAUUUCCACCAAAGAAAAUGCCUUUUACUAGCUGAUGAAGCAAAUGUGAAGCAGCUGUUUUUACCAAAGAAAUGGUUAAAGGGUAAUCUUUCUCAAGAUUUAAAUGAAAUAUUGAGAGAGUUGUGAUUUACUCAGAAUAGUAAAAUGUUUUCAUUUUAACUUAGCUUCAUUUUUAGUUCUACUGUAUUGUAGUCCUCAAAAGGCUAAACAUUUAAAUACCAUACAGCUCAGAUAUUUCAGAGUUGAUGAAAGAAGUAUUGGGGAUACAGUACCUUUUCAGACUAAAGCUGCAAAUUCCUUGUGCUUGAAAAAAAUAACUGCACUCUCUGGGGCUGCAAAACCAGUUUGGUUAUUAUAAUUUAUGUGGAGUGCUGAAUCUUCAGGAAUACACCUUUACAUGCUUCAAUCAUACACUGUCUAGUUGGUACUUUGCUUCUUUCAGCAAGCUGUUGUUUCUUGAACUCCUUGCAAAGCACAGAGUGGAUCUUGAACAGCUAAAAUUUUCAGGUUAAGAGGGUGGAGCCCCAUGACUACCACUACUCUUACAUAAACAUUUAACACUGCUGUUAAUUACUCACAGUAUUGCUUUAGGAGAGUGAGUUGCCAUAAUACUGUUCAGUUACAUUAUGCAUUCAGCAAUUGAAAAUGUUUAGCUAGUAAGAAAACAGUUGGUUGCAUCAGUUGUCUUUGCUUGAAAUAAUUAAAGCUUCAGUUUUGAAAGGAAGAAGUAAAGUCUUCAGGAAAAUAUCUUUUCUCCCUAAAAAUGUAAGGAAAAAGGAAGUAUUUGCAGACUCUAUAAGAAAGUGAAAGAAGAAAAAAAACACAGAACUUUUGUACUGGUCAUUUUUCUUUGAACAUAAAGGAAGGUAGAAAAAAAUAGAUAAAACAAAUUUAAUUCCCUUCCUUGAUUUUUUUCUAUUUUACUGUUCUUAUGGGUUUGAAAAAUACCACAAAUUCUAGCAUUGGCUGUUUUGUUGGAAAUAGGAGAUAAAAUGCAGUCUGACAUAUGCUUUUUUUGAUUUUCAUAAUUCAUUUUCCAGUUUGAAGAACUACAAGUUAAGGUCCAAAUAAGACACAAUGAGAAGUAUAAAAGCAUUGGGUGAUUGACUGUAAGGAGUGAACACUGAUAAAGAUUCCCCUUGCUUAGAUACUGUGUUUAUUGUAUUUUGCCUUGGAGUUUCUAUGCACUAUUAAAACCGGAAUGCAUCUACAGUUUUUUAUAUUAUUUUCUCAUUGAUAUAAUGGAUAUUUUUAUGGUAGCAAGUAAAUGUUGGCAGUUUUAAAAUACUUACUUCCGUAAACAUUUGUAAAUUGUUUGGCACAUUUCAGAGUUCUUAGUAAUUUGUUUCCUGUGGGCAGUUAAAUAGUAAAAAAGAUAGUCUUACUUAGAGAGCUAAGAAUUACAUUCUGAAUAAAGCAGUAUUAAUAUAUUUCACAAUGGAAAUGAGGCAAGAUACUGUCUGGAAAAAAACCUGUCAUUUAAUCAAAAAUGUUAACAAUCUUUCUGCCUUCAUGUAGUAUUCCUGCCUGAUCUUGCAGUUGGUCUGUAAACUCUUGGCUAACAUAGGCAAGUUAUACAGACAGUUUUUUGGCAUUACCCAGGAAAACCUGGGUUAAGCAUGGAUUUUAGAAGCAGCACAUCUUAGAUCUUUUAGGACUAUAUAAGUUUGGUCAGACUGGCUGCUGAAACUAUAGCUUUGCCUUGACCUACCUCUAGCAUGUUCUGCUUGCUUUUUCUGAGGGGUUUGAUGCUUAUUUUUAGGUUGGUGAGUAGUUUUUCAUCAUUAUGAGAAGUUUUACUCCAUGCAUGUUCUCCUAGGUUUUAAACCCUUUUGGGCUGCCCUAUAGAGGGGAAGAAAAAAUAAUAUUAAAUGGUAAAUAUUAGGUAUUUGGCAUAAUUAAUGGUCAGCUUCAAAGGCAUAACCUCUGCUUUUCUUGCUCCAAGUACCAUAAGAAGCCCUGGAAAUCCUGAAAUUUAUCUUUUGAGAAAUAUGUGUUGUGUAUGUUCAAAACAUUCCCACUGUAGUUGCUUUAUGAUCUUAGCAUUGAAUAGAACAAAACAUUGAAACUUUAAAAAACCUUAAAACUCUAGGCAGUGAUUUUUUUUUUUUUUUUUUUUUUUUUUUACUUCAUUCAAGCCAGGAGAUACAAUAGUUUUAGAUCCUUUUUGGUGAAACUUCUUUCAGACAGCAGUUGGAGCUAAGUGUAAGGAUCCACAAAAUUAGUUUUAAUACCAAAACAUUAACAACAGACUUACAUUGGUAACCACUACAACUGUUAGGCAAAUUUUGUCUUCCAAAAUUAAAACCUUUUCUUGUACGAAGGGGAUAUUUUACUGGAUUUUAGACCAGCAAAAGCCUUACCAGUUUCAUAGUGGAAAGGCUGAAAUCUGCAAAAGAAUCCUGAAGGCCUGUUUCCUAACACUUCAAGCUGCUGUGCUGCAAAUUCUUCCUGCUCUUAGGUUCAAAGUAGACAUAAGCAGCUGUGAGACCAAAUUCCUAGUGAAGAUGGGGGUUCAAAUAGAACUGCAUUAAUUCUUCUUUAGUAUGAAGACCCAAGCAUUCCUGCAGUUGUUCAGCAAAAUUGAUUAGCUGUGGUUCCUUCGACGCACGUAAACCUGGGGAAGAGAGGGACAGCUCGUUAGUACUGAUGUUGCUACUAGAAUCAGCAUCCGUGUGCCUCUAACUCUUUUUCAGCCAGAAGAAGUUAGGUUUAUAUUCUGUCUUUAAUUGCCUCAGAACCUUUGAACAGUUGACUGCUGGGCAGUGAAAACUGUGAGAAGAAACUGGUUCGUACGUUCAGGGCAGGGGAGGUUUUUGAGAUGUGUGGCACCCUAAGUGUUGAGCUACCCAGCACGUGUUGUCUGACCACAGUUAGCUGCAUGAUGAUUGAGUUCUAGCUGGAAGCUCCCCUGAAACAGGAAGGUUAUGAUACUGAGGAAGCAACCAGAUGAGAACACUUUAGGGACAUGGGAAGGAACUGCAUUUUGGUGUUCUCUAGGGGUCCUGAGGGACAGACAGCAGAAGCUGAGAUGACUUACAAUUAGACAUGUACAGGGAAGACUGAAUGCAGAUCUGUAGGAGAAGACAUGUUUUCAGUUGUACCACUCAGACUGUGUGGGAAGUUUUGUAUAGCAGCUGAAAACAGUCUGCUAUUGCUGAACACUUAGACAGAUAAAAGCACAAAGCUAAAUGACAUAUCUCAUAAGAGAACUAGAAGUUAGAUGCUUAGAAAAUACUUUUCUGCUAGUUUAACAGUAGUAGUUUUGUAGUUUUGUUACUUCAUUAUGCUAGAAUAUGUAUAUGUAAUUCUUUGCAAAAAAAUAAACCACUAAGUUCCAAACUACAACUUCUAACAGGAGGUCUCUGAGUUGUCAAAAUUUACUGUUUGCAAUUGAGUUCAUUUAUGUAGUUGUAUAAUGUUUGUUCUGUCAUACCCAAAAUUACUUCCUUACAGAAAAUUUAUCUUUGUUUUUACAUUCAGCUUUAUGUUUAACCAAAGAGAUUUUGGGUUUUUUAUUAGUUAUGAUAUUUCUAUCAACUAACUUGCUGAAUUAUUUUCAGAUAGAUACUAAAAAUUAACAGUGCCUUGAAUGAAGAUGUUUGUUUACCGUAAUUAAUUUUGUUUUUCUUUUGCAAUAUGUUUGUUAAAAGUUUUCCUCUGAAACUUGACAGCAAAAUCUGUUUGUCUAGUAAAACACUACUAAACCUAAUGCUUUUUUCAUGCUUGCCUUGUUUUACAUUCUGAUUUUUCUAUUCUGUGCUCACAUAACUGUUCCAUUUUAUUACUUAAGCAAAUGGAAAUACCCUCUGUUUGUUUGAUAUAUAUCAUAUAAUGAGGAUGGUAGUUAUGAAUAGUGUGAAUUGAUAUGUGUACUUAAAGUAAUUUCAAUAAAUUUAACUAUGAA